AUGGGCGCUACCAGGAGGAUCAAGACCAAGCGGCGGACGAGGGACUACGAUCAGAUUCGCUCGGAUCUCGCCUCAAAGAAACACCUACAGGACUACAAGGCUACAAAAGAUGCCGAAGAUCUUCCUGGUCUCGGUCAACACUACUGCGUCGAAUGCGCAAAAUGGUUCGAAGACGAACACAAUCUAGUGGCGCAUCGCAAGGGGAAAAACCAUAAGAGGAGGCUGCGAAUUCUCAAAGAAGAUCCGCACACACACAAGACCGCAGAGGCGGCUGUCGGAUUAGGCGUUGAUAACGGCCAACGGGAGCAGACGGUGAUGGAUACCGAUGAACCUGAAGACUAA